AUGGCGGCACUCGACGUGGAGAAUGUUCUGUCAAAUUUGUCGCCAAAAGAGAAAAUCGACCUCUUAUCAGGAGGAAGCUUUUGGCACACAAAAUCUUUACCGAAACAUGGCAUCCCGGGACUUAGACUUUCAGAUGGACCAAAUGGAAUCAGAGGUCAGACAUUCUUUGCUGGAACCCGGGGAGCAGUUCUUCCAUGUGGUACCGCAUUAGGUGCAACUUGGGAUCGUGACUUGCUUGUUCGAGCGGGACGGCUUGUGGGCACAGAAGCUGUCGCAAAAGGCGUCCAUGUUGUUUUAGGGCCGACAAUCAAUAUCCAAAGAGGACCACUCGGCGGACGUGGAUUUGAGUCAAUCUCUGAAGAUCCGGUUCUGAGCGGUCUCGCUGCAGCAUCGUUAAUCGAGGGUAUUCAGGCCAACGGCGUGGUUGCUUGUCUCAAGCAUUUUGUCUGUAACGAUCAAGAGCAUGAGCGAAAUCGUGUCGAUGUCAGAAUCACACAACGAGCUCUGAGGGAAGUUUAUUUACUACCUUUUAUGCUUGCUAUCAAAGGCGGGAAACCAGGGGCAAUGAUGUCCUCGUACAACAAAAUCAAUGGCAUUCAUGUCAGUGAGAGUAAAGAGUUGCUGAACAAUGUGCUGAGGACAGAAUGGGGUUGGCGGGGACUGAUUAUGAGUGACUGGUUCGGCACUUACUCCACCUCAACUGCUAUUCACGCGGGGUUGGAUUUAGAAAUGCCUGGUCCUUCGAGGUUUCGCGGAACAGCAUUGGGCCAUGCAAUAACGACGAAUAAGGUUGGAAAACACGUCAUCGAUACGCGAGUGAGAGAAGUGCUUCAGCUUGUCAACAGCUGUGCUGCAUCAGGAAUAGCCGAAAAUGCACCAGAACUAGAAAUUGAUAGUCCGGAAAGUCGAGCGCUGUUGAGAGAAUUAGCGAGCAGCUCAAUCGUGCUUUUGAGAAACGAGAACAAAACACUUCCAUUUUCGAAGACGAAAUCUACAGUUGUGAUUGGACCGAAUGCAAGGAUAGCUACAAUUUGUGGUGGUGGGUCCGCAUCUUUACCUUCUUACAAUGCCAGCACACCAUAUGAAGGGUUCCAAGCAGCCUUGGGCAUCAAGGUUCCAUUCACAGUAGGAGCCUACUCUCACAAGGAGCUUCCCAUUCUGGGAUUACAAGUCAAGACCGCAGGAGGUGAGGACGGUAUGAGCUUCAGCGUCUACAACGAACCUCCAACGGCAUCUGAACGCUAUCAAGUCGAUCGGAAGGUCAUAACUAAGACUGAUGCCAUGCUAAUGGAUUACGUCGUGCCAACAAACACAAGUGGCCUUUGGUAUGCCGACAUAGAAGGCUAUUUCACCCCGGAAAUCAGCGGGGAAUAUGAGCUCGGUCUAUGUGUUUAUGGCCAAGGUCAGCUUUUUGUAGAUGCAAAGUUGGUAAUAGAUAACUCCACCAAGCAGCGCCAGGGGACUGCCUUCUUUGGCUGUGGGACUGUAGAAGAGAAGGCGGUGAUUUCAGUCAAGGAGGGACAGACAUAUCAUGUCAAAGUCGAGUAUUCAAGCGCACCUACCAAUACGCUUGGCUCCGGAGGCGUGGUGAGAUUCGGUGGUGGUGGGUUCCGUAUCGGAGGAGCUUUUGUAAUUGAUCCUGAGGCUGAAAUUGAAUCCGCUGUGAAGCUGGCUCAAGGUGCUGACCAAGUCAUAAUCUGCGCUGGCCUCAAUGCCGAUUGGGAGACUGAAGGCAGCGACCGACAGCACAUGUCCCUCCCAGGGCAUCUCGACGCAAUGAUAUCCCGAGUCGCUCGCGCAAAUCCAAAUACUGCAGUUGUUCUGCAAGCUGGAACACCAGUUUCCAUGCCAUGGAUAGAUGACGUCUCAGCUGUGGUCUGGGCUUGGUACGGGGGCAACGAAGCUGGUCAUGCCAUCGCGGACGUCCUGUUCGGUACCGUCAAUCCCAGCGGCAAAACCUCCCUCUCCUUCCCCAAGAUCCUUGAGGAUAACCCUACCUUCCUCAGCUUCAAGAGCGAGCGUGGCCGCACGCUUUAUGGCGAGGAUGUGUAUGUUGGGUAUCGGUACUAUGAGUCUGUCAGACGCGAGGUGCUUUUCCCUUUCGGUCAUGGGCUGAGUUAUACGACUUUUGAAUUUUCUGAUUUAGAAAUUGAACAUAAUACGACUUUGGGGAUCGUUAAGGUGUCCGUUACUGUGGAGAAUACCGGUUCGAUUGCAGGCGCGGAGGUGGUGCAAGUGUAUGUUGCGCAGCGAAAUCCAUCUAUCGGACGGCCAAAGAAAGAGCUGAAGGGCUUCACGAAAGUACACCUUCAGCCAGGAGAAAAGAAGACUGGCGUUGUGGAGAUUGAGACCAAGUAUGCGACGAGUUUUUGGGAUGAGGAGAGGGAUGAGUGGGUGUCGGAGCAGGAUACGUAUGACGUACUCGUUGCAAAUACCAGUGCGGCGAGUGGACAGAUCUUGUGGGGGAGCUUUAUUAUUGCUAGGACGACUUGGUGGAAGGGUUUGUAGAAGCACCGACUAGAAUUGGGUGAUAGAACAGAUAUAUAUACAACGAUGAAAGUCAUGGGUUGGAGUUUUAGAUUGUUAGAUGGAGUAACAGAAGCGGGG